AACACGUUCAGUGCUACUCUCGUAGCAGACUCUUCUUCUUCUUCUCAAAAACAAAACACAACCACCGUCAAUCAUGUGUCACUUGCCAACUUGAUGCCAUCCCACCAUACUUGAUCCACUUGCACUUCAGGUACACUGCCAACUUGAAAUAUUAAAUAAUAAUUAGUAUUACAAUUAUUUGGUAUUGGAUUUUCUUUGAUGAAAUCUAGGCCACACAAGAACAAAUGAACGAGCAUGAUGUUGUUUCAUAAGAUAAGUUUUCCAAUUUUGUUUUUUUCCCUUUCAUGGCCAUGUGCCUUCAACACUUGUUUUUUCCCACUGUCAUUCACUAAUUAUUUAUUUUUCUAUAGCAGCCAAUUUUGACAUGUUGCAGAAGAACUACAUCCACUGAUUUAAUAUAUAAUCUUUGAAAACAAAUAACAACUCAUAUUUCAUCUUCCUAGAGCAAAAUCAUCUCCAAUCCAAACAACUUUGAUUCAUUUCUGUUCUCACAUCUGAAAAUGGCUGAUGCUUUACUUGGAAUCUUGAUUCAAAACCUCGGAUCAUUUGUACAAGAGGAGCUUGCUACCUAUUUGGGUGUUGGAGAAUUGACCCAAAGCCUAUCUAGAAAGCUCACUUUAAUCCGUGCUGUCCUAAAAGAUGCUGAAAAGAAGCAAAUAACAAACGAUGCUGUCAAAGAGUGGCUACAGCAACUGCGUGAUGCUGCUUAUGUGCUUGAUGAUAUAUUGGAUGAAUGUUCAAUAACCUUAAAAGCACAUGGUAACAACAAGCGGAUCACUCGUUUCCAUCCUAUGAAGAUUUUGGUUCGUCGCAACAUUGGAAAGAGGAUGAAGGAGAUUGCUAAAGAGAUCGACGAUAUUGCUGAAGAAAGGAUGAAGUUCGGAUUACAUGUGGGGGUCAUCGAGCGCCAACCAGAAGAUGAAGGGCGGCGGCAAACUACCUCUGUCAUCACUGAAUCCAAAGUAUAUGGAAGAGACAAAGAUAAAGAGCAUAUUGUAGAGUUUCUUCUACGGCACGCUGGUGACAGUGAAGAACUCUCUGUCUAUUCUAUUGUUGGCCACGGUGGAUAUGGAAAAACAACACUUGCUCAAACAGUCUUCAAUGAUGAAAGGGUAAAGACACAUUUUGACUUGAAAAUAUGGGUGUGUGUUUCUGGUGAUAUCAAUGCGAUGAAAGUUUUAGAGUCCAUCAUAGAAAACACCAUUGGAAAAAAUCCACAUCUCUCGUCUUUAGAGUCAAUGCAACAAAAGGUUCAAGAAAUUUUGCAAAAAAAUAGGUAUUUACUUGUUCUUGAUGAUGUGUGGACUGAAGACAAAGAGAAAUGGAAUAAGUUAAAGUCUUUGUUGCUAAAUGGAAAGAAAGGUGCAUCAAUUUUGAUCACUACCAGACUUGACAUUGUUGCAUCCAUCAUGGGAACUUCUGAUGCUCAUCAUUUAGCAAGCUUAUCUGAUGAUGACAUCUGGUCUUUGUUCAAACAACAAGCUUUUGGAGAAAAUCGAGAAGAGCGUGCAGAGCUUGUGGCAAUAGGCAAAAAGUUAGUGAGAAAAUGUGUGGGUUCACCUCUUGCUGCUAAAGUAUUGGGUAGCAGUUUGUGCUGUACAAGCAACGAACAUCAAUGGAUUUCUGUACUGGAAAGUGAAUUUUGGAAUUUGCCUGAGGUUGAUUCUAUCAUGUCUGCUUUGAGAAUAAGCUACUUUAACUUGAAAUUGUCAUUGAGACCAUGUUUUGCUUUCUGUGCUGUUUUUCCUAAGGGUUUUGAAAUGGUUAAGGAAAAUCUCAUUCAUCUUUGGAUGGCUAAUGGUCUUGUUACAUCUAGAGGAAAUUUACAGAUGGAGCACGUUGGUGAUGAGGUAUGGAAUCAAUUGUGGCAAAGAUCAUUUUUUCAAGAAGUUAAAUCUGAUUUAGCAGGUAACAUUACAUUCCGAAUGCAUGAUUUUAUCCAUGAUUUAGCUCAGUCUAUUAUGGAAAAAGAAUGUAUUUCUUAUGAUGUUUCAGAUUCGACUAAUGUGUCAAUUGGCGUUCACCAUUUAAGUAUCUUUGAUAAAAAACCAAAUAUAGGUUUCUUUUUUCUAAAAUCAAAAUAUGACCACAUAAUUCCCUUCCAAAAAGUUGAUUCCUUGCGAACCUUUCUUGAGUAUAAACCACCCUCCAAGAAUUUAGAUGUGUUUCUGUCAAGCACCUCUCUUCGAGUUUUGCUUACACGUUCAAAUGAACUCUCAUUAUUGAAGAGUUUAGUGCAUUUGAGGUACUUGGAAAUUUAUGAUAGUAACAUCACAACCUUGCCUGGGUCUGUUUGUAGACUGCAGAAAUUGCAAACACUAAAACUUGAACGUUGCCAUUUGCUAUCUAGUUUUCCCAAACAAUUUACAAAAUUGAAGGACCUUCGACAUCUCAUGAUUAAAAAUUGCCAUUCAUUGAUAUCAGCUCCUUUUAGAAUUGGGCAGUUAACUAGCCUGAAAACAUUGACGAUUUUCAUUGUUGGUUCAAAAACUGGGUAUGGUUUAGCACAGCUACACAACUUACAGUUAGGAGGCAAGCUACACAUCAAAUGUCUUGAGAAUGUGUCGAACGAAGAGGAUGCUAGAGAAACUAAUUUGAUUAGCAAGAAGGACUUGGAUCGUUUAUAUUUGUCUUGGGGUAAUGAUACUAAUUCACAAGUUGGCAGUGUUGAUGCCGAGCGAGUACUGGAAGCUCUUGAGCCCCAUUCCUCCGGACUGAAGCAUUUUGGGGUGAAUGGUUAUGGUGGAACAAUUUUUCCUUCUUGGAUGAAAAAUACUUCUAUUCUAAAAGGUUUAGUUAGUAUUAUUCUCUAUAACUGUAAAAAUUGUAGGCAUCUUCCUCCGUUUGGUAAAUUACCAUGUUUAACUAUUCUCUAUUUAUCUGGAAUGAGAUAUAUAAAGUACAUUGAUGAUGACUUGUAUGAACCUGAGACUGAGAAAGCUUUUACGUCACUGAAAAAAUUGAGUUUGCAUGACUUACCAAAUUUAGAGAGGGUGUUGGAAGUUGAUGGAGUAGAGAUGCUACCACAACUUUUAAAUUUAGAUAUAACAAAUGUCCCCAAACUUACAUUGACAUCCCUUCUAUCUGUUGAGUCACUUUCUGCUAGUGGAGGAAAUGAAGAAUUAUUGAAGUCAUUUUUUUACAACAAUUGCAGUGAAGAUGUAGCUGGUAACAAUCUCAAGUCACUUUCUAUAUCAAAAUUCGCCAAUCUCAAGGAAUUACCUGUUGAACUCGGUCCUCUUACUGCUUUAGAAUCUCUUUCUAUUGAACGUUGCAAUGAAAUGGAGUCAUUUUCGGAGCACUUGUUGAAAGGUUUGAGUUCUCUUCGAAAUAUGUCAGUUUUUUCAUGCUCUGGAUUCAAAUCCCUGUCGGACGGUAUGAGACACCUAACUUGUCUUGAGACACUUCAUAUCUAUUAUUGUCCACAGUUAGUUUUUCCACAUAACAUGAACAGUCUAGCUUCCCUCCGUCAACUGCUACUCGUGGAGUGUAAUGAAAGCAUACUAGAUGGCAUAGAAGGCAUCCCCUCACUACAAAAAUUGAGACUGUUCAAUUUUCCAUCUAUAAAAUCCUUGCCGGACUGGUUGGGUGCCAUGACUUCUCUUCAAGUAUUAGCGAUCUGUGACUUUCCAGAGUUAAGUUCACUACCAGACAACUUUCAGCAACUCCAAAACUUGCAAACGUUAACUAUUUCAGGUUGUCCUAUAUUGGAGAAGAGAUGCAAGAGAGGAAUAGGUGAAGAUUGGCAUAAGAUAGCUCACAUUCCUAUAUCGCCUUCUUCUGUAGAAACAACAACACCAACAAAAUCAACAAUUUGUGAGAAUAUUAUAACAACAUGGAGGAUAGCAAAGGCAACAUGGAAGAUAUUGUGGAACUAUAACAUGCAAAGCAGUGGGUUUGAGGAGAUGAUUGAUUCAAUAACCCAAGUACCAUAAUAAUAUUUAUUUGUAUCUUUGUUUGUUCAUUUAUAACAAUCACUUCAUUUAUCCCUUUCUAAUUAAAGGAAAGCCCCUGAAACACCCCUCCCCUUAUAAAAGGAAUAACUUCACUUUUUAGUGGAAAAUGUUCGUUGAAUGCUAUUGUUUGGCCAUAUUAUUAUAUGGUUCAGUUAUAUUAUUUGGUUAGGAAUAUAAAUUUCAACUAUCUAAUGAAGAUGUGUCCUAUAUAUUCUUGUGACUA